AUGCAGCGCCCGCCGAAGGUGAACAUGGCGUCGGCGCACGUGCGGCAGUUCUCGAGCUACCUGCAGUGGCAGCAGGGGCAAAUCGCGACGGACGUGGGCGUGGAUCCCGAGAAUAUCGUGUACAAGUUCACCUUCGCGAGCAACGGCUUUGCGGCGAUGCUGACGCCCGCGGAGGCGGAGCAGCUGCGGAAGCACCCCGCGGUGGAGCGCGUGACGCCCGCGUUCGAGGUCACCCCGCUGACGACGCACUCGCCGAGUUUCUUGAAGCUGCCGACGUCGCUGUGGCGCGCGAACGGCGGCGAGAAGAGCGCGGGGCGCGGUGUGGUGAUCGGUGUGAUCGACAGCGGGAUCUGGAUCGAGCACCCGUCGUUCGCGGACGGCGCGAGCGGGAAUGGCUCCGCGGCUUACUCCGCGCCGACUAAGUGGGUCGGCAAGUGCCAGACCGCGCCGGACUUCCCCCGCUGCAACAACAAGGUCAUCGGAGCGCGCGCGUUCAACGGCGGGUUCGUGCGCUACCGCGGCGCAAUCGACGGGACUCUAGACUACCUGUCACCUCGGGAUUCCGUCGGGCACGGCUCGUGGUGCGCGAGCGCCGCGGCGGGGAACUCGGGAGUUAAAGCCGUGAACAACCGGCGGCAGGCGAUCGGCGCGACGAGCGGCAUGGCGCCGCGCGCGCGGCUCUCGGUGUACAAGGUGUUUUGGAAGGCGAAGGGCGACAUGAGUGGCUCGGCUUCUAGCGUGGAUAUCGACGCCGCUAUCGACGCGGCUGUAGCGGACGGCGUGGAUGUGAUCAGCAUGUCGCUAGGCGGAGUUAAUCCGUACGCUGGGUACUUCGACGAUACUAAUUUCCUCUACGCCAAUCAGGCGGGCAUCGUGGUGGUGUGCGCGGGCGGCAACAACGGCCCGCCGCCGCUGACGCAGUCGAUCUACCGCACCAUCAUGCACUUCUCGCCCUUCUACCUCACCGUUGGCGCCAGCUCCACGGACCGCCACUACACGUCGAAGCUGCGGCUCGGCACGGGCGUGAACCUGUGGGGCGCGGGAUUCGGCACGGGCACGCGCAAGGUGCGCGGGCUGCCGCUGCUGUUCUCGCAGGACGCGGUGGCGUACGGCAACACGGCGACCGACGCGAAGCUGUGUCUCCCCGGAACCGUCGAUUCCGCCAAGGCGAGCGGGAAGAUUCUCGUGUGCACGGCGGGGCAGGCGUCGUUCGGCACGCAGGCGGACACGGCGGCGGGCGCGGGCGCGCGCGCGAUGGUGCUGGUGAACGAGGCGGGCGGCGGCGACGUGACGCUGGAUAUCUACGACGCGCGCAUCCCCAUCCUGCACCUCGCGGUGAAAGAGGCGGACAAGCUGCGCAAAUACAUGCGCGCGACGACCAAGCCAGUCGCGUCCUAUUCAGCAUCCUUCUCAGUCUUCUUCAACCGGAUCGCGCCCGCCGUCGCGCCCUUCUCAGCGCAAGGCCCCGUAGUGAGCCCCUCUUCCGACCCCCGAAUUCCCGGCCCCACCAACGACAUCCUUAAACCCGACAUCCUCGGCCCAGGCCUCUUCCUCUGGGGCUCCUCUCGGAGCAGCAGCACCAAGGCUGGGAGCAAGCCAGGGUAUGAUAUGCUAAUGGGGACGUCUAUGGCUGCUCCCCAUGUGGCGGGGAUUGCGGCGCUGCUCGUGCAGAAGCGGCCGAAAUGGUCCCCCGCGCAGGUCAUGUCGGCGAUUAUGACGACGGCGAGUAAUGUGAAUAAUAAGGGCGGGCCGAUCGGGAGGUUUGUGACCGGGGAGAAGGCGAAUCCGUUUGAGAUUGGUUCCGGGCACGUGAACCCCCCGAAAGUUUUGGACCCCGGGCUGACCUACAACCUCGGGCUGGGCGAUUAUCUUAACUUUUUGGCCUGGCAGAAUCUGACCGAGGUGCAGGGGUGGAAGAUCAAACCGGUGAAGGCGAUUCCGGCGUAUAACUUGAAUUUGCCGUCGAUUGCUGUGUCGCGAUUGCGAAAGGGGGUGGUGGUAAAGAGGACGGUGGCGAAUGUGGGAGACAAGGCAGCGACGUACCGAGCCAAGGUUGUUGCUCCGGAGAAUGUGCGGGUGGUGGUGUCGCCGAGCCAGUUUACGAUUGGUGUGGGGAAGUCGGUGACUUUUACGGUGGGGUUUACGGUGGUGAACCCCACGGGUAGCUUCUCGUUUGGGAGCUUAACGUGGGAGGACGGUGCGGGGCAUUCAGUGCGGUCCGUGCUAGCAGUGCAGCCGAUUGCCAAGUGA